CCCCCCCCCCCCCCCACCUCGCCUCCGGGUCCGGCUAAUAAUCCGCGCUCCAGCAGCUCAUGAGCAGGGAGGCAAGUGUCAGGCUGAUGUGCCUGAGCGGGGCGAGGGCCGGCGGGGCCACGUGAAGAGGCUGCGGUCCCGGGGAGCCUUUUCCGCCCAAACCUGAGCCCGGGGGGAGAGCGGAGAGGUUGGGGCGCUGCGAUGAGGCGCAGAAAGAUCGCGGUGGCCGCCGGCUGCUGCCUCUCCUUCUUGCUGGGCACUUUGCUGAACGUGUUGUUCAUCCCGGGCUUUGAUCCUCACCAGCAGCAGCCGCGGCGCGGGGUCACCCCGGCGUUUGCGGGCUCGCCUUUGUACUGGCCAGCGGAGGACCGCGAGAGCCAGCGCUUGGAGUUAGCCCGGCAGAUCAGGGAGCGCUACGAGGAGGUGGUCCGCUACCAGAAGCACCAGGCGCCCGCGGCUGCUGCCAGGCGGCUGGUGAGACCGCUGGAGCGGCGGCUGAUGGACCUUGCCCAGCAGCGGACCUCCUCGGAGCAGACUCUUCGGCUGGAGAAGGGGAAAGCGCCGCAGGCUGAAAGCCGCGGGGGCUCCUAUCCCGAAGCCAAAGUAGACCUGGCUCUGAACCCCCCUCUGCUGGGAUGCCGAGACAUCCACAAUGUCACCAGCCUGCAUUACUUGGGCUCCGGCUACACCAAAGCUGUCUACAAGGUCGUCCUGAACCGCACGCUGGCCGUGGCGCUGAAAUCGGUCGAUUUUGGGGGGCACGACAUCGAGAACUGCGUGAAGCAAUACGCGGCGUUAGAAGAUUGCUACCGGCUAGCCUCCUACAAAAUCGUCAAGGAGAUGAUCCUCUUGCAAAGGCUGCAGCAUGCCAACAUCCUCCAGCUCUAUGGCUACUGUUAUCAGGAUAGCAAUGACAUCCCAGACACGCUGACUGCCAUCACUGAGCUAGGCUCACCACUGGAGAUGAUUCAGCUUUUACAGACCUCUUGGGAGGACAGAUUUCGAAUAUGUCUCAGCUUAGUUCGGCUUUUGCAUUAUUUGGCUCAUUCUCCGCUUGGCUCCGUGACGCUGUUGGAUUUUCGCCCUCGACAGUUUGUGAUUGUAGAUGGAGAGCUGAAAGUGACAGAUUUGGAUGAUGCCAGCAUAGAAGAAAGCUCGUGUACCAGUAACCGUGACUGUUUUAUAGAGUUUCCAGCAAGAAAUUUCACUCUUCCCUGCUCUGUGGAGGGCCGAUGUCGAAAUAUGAAUGAAAAGAGGAAUCUUUACAAUGCAUACAGGUUUUUUUUUACAUAUCUUCUGCCACACAGUGCUCCAUCCUCCUUAAGACCAUUAUUGGAUAUGAUAGUCAAUGCGACAGGAGAACUCCACUGGGGAAUAGAUGAAACAGUGGCUCAGCUAGAAAAAGUUUUGCAUUUAUACAAGAGUGGCACAUACCUACAGAACGCUACAUGGAUGCCGAAAGCUGAGUACCAACAGAUACCUGAAGCUGCUAUUCCCGAUGAGAACUACAGGUGCUGGCCUUCUUACCAUCACAAGGGCUGCCUCCUCUCUGUGUUCGAUGUCGGCGAAGCCAUCGAGGUCUGCGAGAAUCACUCCCAGUGCAAAGCUUUUGUCCUGACCAACCAGACAACGUGGACAGGUCGGCAGCUUGUCUUCUUCAAGAUGGGCUCAAAUCAUAUCGUGCCUGAUCCUGACAAGAUAACAUAUGUGAAAGUGACAGGCUGACAGCUUAAGUGGCUUAGUCUGACUUGUAAAUGACAGGAACUGUUUGUGUAUAAAUAUAGACAGCUGUUAUGUACAAGAUGUCUGCGGGAGGGAGAGAUAAUUGCACUAUUACUCAUUCUAAUCUAGAGUGCUAAGCAAAACUUUAAAGAAAUGACCUGCAUGACCAGGAUGAAUGUGCAAUACAACAACAUUUUCAAAAUGUGAUUUUUAAAACAAAACAAAAUAUACAAAAUGUGAUACACUGUUGGAAUAUAAGUUGGGUUUUAAAGCAGUAGGUAACUCUAGCCUUUCUAACCAAGGUUAAUGGUCUGUACACAUUUGCACAGAGUUGGAAGUUCAUAAUUUCCAUAGGAAGUCUGGGUCCUCUGCCAUGAUAUUUAUUUAGACAAGUACAAUCACUACAGAGUUAAUGAAGCUUAUCAGUUACAAAGCUAAAUAUCAAAUGUUAUAGAAGACAAUCAACAUUUGUGUCAAUGUUAUCAGAUAUGCAAGACCAAAAACAUUUGUAGAAAUACUAUGGGCCUGUCAUCAAUGGAACUCAGCCAUAUUUAUAAUUUUUAAAAAUUUAGCCAAUUUUCAUUUUGUUUGAAAAGUUUAUGAAAACAUUUAUCUUUAAUUUAAGAAAGCCAUAUUUCAGUUGUUUAGGCCCUGAUCCAGCAAAGCACUUAAGCAUAUGGCAACUUUAAGCAUAAGUAGUCCCACUGAAGCCAGGGGGAUUUAAGUCCAUGCUUAAGUGCUUUGCUGAAUAGGGAUAGCUUUAAGUAUAUAUUUAAGUGUUUUGCUGAAUCAAGGCCUUAAUCACUGUCCAAAAUAUUCCCUAAGGUAUUUCACUGACAGAUCAGCAAAGCAAUCCAGCAGUUUGAACAACAUAAUUUUUGAUGAAAAUCUUGCCAUGGAAAACUUUCCAUUUGUAGUAUCCUCAAAUCCUUGGUUUUCUAAGGUGCUUCUUACUAGUUCUUAGAACAAAUGAAAUGAAAAACCAACACUAGCCUUAAAUUCUAUAUAAAUAGAUGCAUUUUAUAGGCAUAGUGUGUCUAGAGAAUUUGCUUUCAGUGAAAGCAAUAAACUAAAUGCUAAAAGUGACCAAUGUCAUACUGUUUUGUAGUUUGUGCAUUCAGAAAAUUUUGUACUUUUGUUCCUUAAAUUGUUUAUUUUUGUAAAAAAAAUAAAAUUUAAAAUUUGUCA